CGAGAAUAAGCCCGUAAGCUGUUUAUUCUUAGCGGUUCUCUAGUACCUCUAGGCUCCCAUACAACGCUCUUUGGAAAACGUUGCUGGAUACCCUCCCGGGGUCUUUCAGUACUUUGACGCUCUAGCUUGCUAAGAUCACCGGGACUGGCCACCCUUCUCGUACAGCAGCCACGGUCUGCCUGUACCACCCCCCACACACGUGGACCCACACGCUCUUUCCCCCCGCAUUCCAUGGCUGCUCCUAGUGCUGGUGCCAUUUCGCGAGACCACUCACCCACACGCAGACUUGUCCCAAGUCACCCCAGUCGCAUAAACGCGAUCGCCUUCUUUCCGGAGAGCGAACGCCUGGCGAGCGCCAGUCAGGACGGGGAUAUCUGCAUAUGGAACGUCACAACUGGGGAGGUCCUUGGUGGAUCAUCGGGAGCAGAGUCCGAGUCUAGCAUGGGACAGCUGAACACGAUUGCAAUAGCCCCUGACGGUCAACGCGUCGCAGCAGGAGGGGAGGGCAAGGUGGUGUACAUUCUCGAUGCCAUCUCCGGGAAGAACCACUGCUCGCCAUGCACUGGGCAUACGGGCAGCAUAACGUGUGUCGCGUUCUCCCCUGACGGCUCUCGUCUCUUGAGUGGUUCUGCGGACGAGUCUCUGCGCCUCUGGGACCCCAUCAGUGGGAGGUCUAUGUCGAGCCGAGGGCUUUGGUUUACACAAAACGGCGAGAUAACAUCCAUUGCCUACUCUCCUGAUAGCAAGCGCAUUGCAAGCGCUUCCUCCACCGGAUCUCUAAUUAUCUUGGACAGUCGAACGGGCGAACGUAUAUCAGAGCUGGUCGACUCUCAGGCUCAAUAUUCACCCAUUUACUCCUUGGCUUUUUCAGCAGAAAACGUCCUUGCCUCAGCGCGGGACCACAGCAUUAUCCUGUGGCAGGACGGUCUGAGAUAUAUUAACGGGCCUCUCGACGGCCACACAGGCAGCGUACGUUCGAUCGCAUUCUCCACUGACGGCCACCACCUCGUCUCUGGGUCCGACGACUGCACACUGCGCAUAUGGGACGUCGCCACGAAGAAAGAAGUCGUCGCUCCGCCUCUUCACGCCCACGGCCGCACGACGCACGACGCCAGCCCCGUCUCGAGCGUCGCGAUCGCGCCGGAUGGCAGCUAUAUUGCCAGCGCUUCCUCACAUGACGGUGACAAUGCUGUGUGUUUGUGGGCGCUCGUGAGUAUCCUCGCUUCGCUUCGAGUCCUCGACCACGCCUCGUCCCUGCCUUCGAUCGUCGGCGCCGGCGCCGGUGACAGCGCCAGCAACUCCGCUCAGGCUGGACAACAAAAGAAAAAACCUGCUGUGGCUCGGCUGUCGAGUCUUUCGUUUGGCGACGUGCCACAAGUAGACGACGAUCCAGUUUGCCAGGACGCCCACGUCGAGUCACCUAUGAGCGAAACGCACCAGGCAAGUUCGGGAUCUAGCUCGGACACAGCGCAAGAAGAACCGCGUCAAAGUAUGCUCAUGAAAGUGUUCGGUCGUGGCAAGCAGUCGGACAAGUCCAAGGGCAAGCAGCCAGAACGACCCAAGUCUCCCGAAGACUCUCUACCCGUAAACAUGGUUGGCGGCCGACGCCGCGGUGGCCUGGUGCCCGUCAAUGCGCCGCUGCGACGGUUUACGAACCCGGAAGUCGAGGAUGCGGACUUGAGCGACGAUGUUUCGUCUGGCAUUGAAUCGUCGGAACCAAGCGAGCAUGGAUUUGUGGAGACUGUGUGCUGGUGUUUAUGCUUCAGUGCGAAAAAGCGGCCUGCUCGGUAACCCUUUAAUCGAGUCGAUCAUAGUACUUGAAGAUUUUGCAAUUCCCCUUAUAAAGUGGCCUCUUAGAGGCCACCUACUUUUUUGUUGUCGGAGUUUUGGAGCAAGUAUCCUGUACACGAUCCUGUACCUAGCUUUAAAAUUGUUC